AUGAAGAGUGCGUAGCAUUCAGAAGGCAUAAUUGAUGCUAUCUAUUAUUUGUAGAAAUGUCAAUUGAUUAUGAAACACUUCAAUACAUAAAAUCCAGAUGUUAUUGAGUGGUUACUUCAAUUAGAUGAAACCCAGAAGUAAUUUGAAUAAAAUUAAUGUCAUCAUCCCUUAGUGGAGCAGAGUGCGCAAUUUAUAAAUCAUAAAAUUAUCCAUCCUUUUCUCCUACUUUUGGAAAAAGUCUUGUAAUUUAAAAAUUUUGAAUAUGAACUACAAAAACACAAAUUGGAGAUUGAUUAUGUAAUAAGAAGACUUUAAAUAAUAAGAGAAUUUUUACCGAAUAUCCCAAAGGUUCCAUUGGAUGAUAUCUAUUGCUUAAGUAGCACCCAUCAAGAAUGGGCUCAUUUAGCUAAGUAUAUUCAGUUUAUUGAUCUUGAUGAUCCAGAGAUCUUAGAUUUGCAAUUUGAAAAGUUUAACGAUUACAUCUCAGUGGGCUGUGCAUAUGCAAAAUUAGGAAAUAUGAUUAAGCUACCUGUUUUGAGUAUGAUCUUUUAAAAUUUGGGAGGAGCCUACCUCAUAACAAAUAUAGAGAAAGCAAAACAAAUUAAACUAAAAGAAAUGACAAAUCCUUCUGUUAAAUUCAUUUAAAAUUUAUGGAGCAUCUAAGACAAGGCUCCAGUAUUAAAGAAUUUUAUGAAAUAUUCAAUGACUAAGUUACAAUCUCAUUACAAAAUAUAUGUUCCUUAUUUAUUCAAACCUACAUUUACUUUGGAAAGAAUAAAUCAAGAGAUAGAGAGUGGAACAUUAUUCCAGCAAGAAGAAUUUCAAGGGUUUGACUUUAUAGAAGAUCAUUUAUAUGAAAAAUUGACAUAAUCUCUCUUUCGAAAGGAUAGAUAAAAUAAAAUAAAAGUGAGAGUCUUAUCAGCAAGCAAAGAAGUUUUUAGAUCAAAAAUUGAUGAAGAGCAUUUAGUAAAAUAAAUAGCCAACAUAAGCAAAGACCAUAAUAACAUUUUUGAAGGAACAUCUCCAGGAUUAGAUGGUAAAAUUACAAAAGUGAUCUUACAAAUUCAUGGAGGAGGAUGGGUUGGGAUGUCCUCUUUUAGUCAUUAAACGUAUACCAGAAAGUGGGCUAACCAUGUUGGGGAAGAUUGUGUAGUAUUUAGUAUUGAUUAUCGACUUGCUCCCAAAUACCCCUAUCCACACGCUCUUGAGGAUGUGUGGUAGUUAUAUCUUUGGAUUGUAAGAAUUCUUCACAAAUUUUACAUGAAUAUCAAUUUGAAGUAAUUAGUUCUUGCAGGGGAUUCUGCAGGUGGUAACAUGGCCCUUGGUAUUUGUUUUCGUGCCAUUAAAAUGGGAAUCAGAAUACCUGAUGGGUUAUUUUUACCUUAUCCCGUUGUAAAUCUAAACUUCAAAGUCUUCAAUCCGUAUUUACUAAAUGGAUUGAUAGAUCAAAUAGCUCCUACAACAAUUUUGGUUGUAGUAUUGAGGGAAUAUUUAAAUAGUGGAAAAGAACAUCCAGAAACUGACCCGUAUCUUAGUCCUAUAAUUGCUGAUGAUUCUUUCUUGGCGAAGUUGCCUAAGAUACGCAUAAUCUGUGGGGCCAACGAUAGUUUAACAGGAGAUACAAUACGAUUUGUUAACAAGAUGAGAAAGUUGCAUCAUGAUAUUAAAUUGGAUAUUUUUAAUUGUUUAUCACAUGGAUUUAUGAAUUUUGAGGUUCCAAUUGUUGGAGUAACUCAUAUAGGUUCAGUGAUUAAUUUAAGUUGUAAACUGGUUUAAGAAUUAUUUAAAUCAAGUGAAGUAUUAUGA